AUGGAUGACUUGGGUGAAAUCAUAAAGAACAAGACAAGGUUGGUUGCUAAAGGCUACAACCAAGAAGAAGGAACCGAUUAUGAUGAGACUUAUGCACUAGUAGCCAGACUAGAGGCAAUAAGAAUUCUACUCGUUGUUACAUCUGUAAUGAAGCUUAACCUGUACCAAAUGGAUGUCAAGAGCACAUUUUUGAAUGGGUAUAUUAAGGAAGAAGUCUAUGUGGAACAACCACCAGGAUUCCAAGAUUACGAGCAUCCAUAUUAUGUUUUCAAACUCAAAAAAGGCUCUAUAUGGAUUGAAACAGGCACCAAGGUCAUGGAAUUUUCUAAGACUAUGCAGGAAGAGUUCGAGAUGUCCAUGAUGGGAGAACUCAUAUACUUCUUGGGACUUCAAGUUAAGCAGACUGAUAAUGGCAUUUUUAUACAUCAAUCAAAGUACUACAACGACCUGUUAAAGAAAUACAAAAUGCUGGACUGCAAAGAGGCUGCAACACCUAUGACAACUAACUGCUAUCUUGAUCUUGAUGAAGCAGGAAAAAUUGUUGACCAGAAAAUGUAUAGAGGUAUGAUCGGAUCCCUAUUGUACUUAACUACUAGUAGACUAGAUAUCAUUCAUAAUGUCUGUCUCUAUGCUAGAUUUCAGUCUCAACCGAAAGAAUCCCAUCUUACUAUUGUAAAAAGAAUUUUAAAAUACUUGAAAGGAACCAAGAAUCUUGGUUUGUGGUAUCCAAGUGGUUCGAACAUUUUUCUUAAGGGAUACAGUGAUUAUGACUUUAGUGGCUGCAAGCUAGAUAGAAAGAGAACUAGUGGUACCUGUCAUCUACUAGGAUGUUCUCUAGUUUCUUGGAAUUCAAAGAAGCAAGCUUGUGUGGCUUUAUCUACCACAGAAGCUGAGUACAUAGCAACCGGAAGCUGUUGUGCUCAAUCUCUUUGGGUUAAGAGUCAACUAGAGCACUAUGGCAUAUCAUUAGAUCAUAUUCCCUUAAAGUGUGAUAAUACAGUGCAAUUAAUUUGA